AUGGAGAUGUAUGAUAAUCUUGGCAUAGUGGGUGAGGGGAGCUAUGGAACGGUCAUGAAAUGCAAGCAUAAGGAGACAGGAAGCAUCGUAGCCAUUAAGAAGUUCAUUGACAAGGACGAGGACAGGAACUUGAAGAAAAUUGCUAUGAGAGAAAUCAAAUUUUUAAAGCAAUUUAGGCAUGAUAAUCUGGUGAACCUGUUGGAGGUGUUCAGACAGAAGAGACGUUUGUUCCUGGUCUUCGAGUUCAUUGACCACACUAUUCUAGAGGAGCUGGAGCGCUAUCCUCGCGGGCUGGAGGGUAAACGGCUCAGGAAACACCUCUUCCAGAUCAUACGGGCUACAGAGUAUCUUCACAGCAACAACAUAAUCCAUCGAGAUAUCAAACCUGAGAACAUCUUGGUCUCAGAAUCUGGCAUUGUGAAGCUCUGUGAUUUUGGUUUUGCCCGGACGCUGGAGGUCACGAGAGAGCCAUUCACAGAAUACGUGGCUACUCGAUGGUACCGGGCCCCAGAGUUAUUGGUGGGGGACAAAAAGUACAGCAAACCUGUAGACAUCUGGGCAUUAGGGUGCUUGGCAAUGGAGAUGACCACAGGCAUCGCCUUCUUAACAGGCAACUCUGACCUCGAUCAGCUGCAUAAAAUUGUAAUUAAAGUAGGGCCCUUGACUCUUCAUCAACAGGAGCUUUACUUUCAAAACCCAGAAUUUGCGGUGGCCAGACUUCCAGAAGUUUACCACCCUAGCAGUGCCAGAAAAAAAUACCCCAAACUCAACCCUCUGCUAGCAGAACUGGUGCAUAGUUGUUUGCAGAUUGAUCCCAUUGACAGGACUUCCUGCACUCAGAUGCUCAACCAUCGCUAUUUCACAAAGGAUCAAUUUGCUGAGAAAUGUGUUCUAGAACUCCAGGUUCUGAUUCGAAAGGAAGCUAAAAAUAACUCCAGUCUGAGGCCAAGGACAAGUGCCCAGGAGAAGACACAGCUGGAGGAGCACCUACCAGCCACCAUCAAGCAAAGCAAUACAAAACAAGGAAAGGAUAUGAAGUCAAGAGAGAGAAAGGUGGAACCAAAACCUUCAAAAUCAAAAGAGUGUAAAACAGAGGUCAGAACAGAGAAAGAGCGUCGUGCGGAGGACAGUCCAUCCCUAUACAGCUCACGAUCCUCCUCAGAAAGCCCCGUAGCAAACACAGAGAGGGUCACUUCCCCGGCCCAGGCCGGUCUGCAGGCACCAGCCCCUCUGAUCAUGCCACCCAUUCACCCCAACAAUGGCCUGCUAGCCACUUCCAGUCUGGACACCAGUGCACCUCGGUGUCACCAUGAUAAAGUGAAAGACAAGAAAAAGCGCAGUCCUCUGGAGGUAUUGGCACAAGAACCGGGCAGCGUCCAGCAGGGGGAAGCACUUCCUGCUGCUGCUAAGGGCUACUUGUACCAUCUGCAUGAGAUAAGGAACAAACAAGAAGCGUCAGAGAAUGACAUACUGCUUUCGUAUUACACCCAGUAUGACACAUAUGGCCCACAUGGAGAGCUGCUGAACACGAAGAAAAAGAAAAUGAAGCCUGGCAAGAUUGAAGUGCGCUUUCCUGAACUUCCCAUCUUGGGCCAGCAGAUGGAGCUAAAGUGUGCAGAAGCUAAACAGAUUAAAAGUCUAAGGAAGGAGUCAAGGAAACCAGAAGAGUCCAAAAUCCCUUCUCUUGUAGCAUUUGAUCAAAAUCAAGGGAAACCACAGGUAUUGUUUGGUCUUUUUUUAGAUUGCUUGUAUCUGAAGUAGUGGUCUUCUUAAU